AUGGCCAACACGACAGCCUCUACCCCGGCCGAGAUCACCAACGUACCUCCGCCAGGCCACGAUGACCCGCUUCUCUACGGUGGCGGUCUCCUCGGCUUUGCCUUCUUGACCAUGACCAUCAUCGGCCUUAUUUUCUUGGGCAUCGCGUGCUACCAGAAGAAGAAGGAGCGGCACGCAGCCGCCGCUUCCGAGCGCCAGCGUGAACAGCAGCAGCGGGCGAGACAGCAAUCGCUUCCGUCCUACAUCGCUCGAGCUCGCGCUAUGAAGAGAGAGGCACAGAUCGAGGAGGGUAUCAAGCUGCAAGAGUUGACUCCCGUGCCGCACGCUAAGGUUAGGGACCAGGAGAUCGAGACGGAGUUGACGGAAUAUGAGAAGGCGCGCAACUCAACACUCAACCGCAACGAGAAAAUGUUUCCUUUCAUGGUUCCCGUUGUCCCAGAGGGCAUUGCACAGCUUCCGGUUACGUUCAAGAAGACCCCAAAGUCCGAAGGCCUCAAGGAGACGAUGAUUUCGAAGAAGAACAAGGCUGCGAUGAAGGAGCAUCUUGAAGUUCCUAAGACUUCUUUCGUAUCCUCUUCCACCCGCCACCUCCUUGGCCGGGUUGACGAUAUCAGUGAGACCGCUAGCACGUAUGCGGUGUCAAUGUCAUCUAGCUUGGAGGACCUGACAGAGGUUCAGCCUCGAUCAUUCCUUGAAGUUCCCGAUGAUGAGAGUGUUCUGCCUCCGGAAGUUGAGAAACAUGGUUCGAAUGGUUCUAAGUGCCCACCUUCCAUUACCCCAGAGUAUGUCAUGCAAGUGGGUCGGCACCACAACCGCCGUCGCUCGCAUAGCAAAUAUCCGGUGUCAUUCAUCGACGGAGAAGCUCACCCACUUACCCUUCAAGUGGGUACUACAAUCGGGCGCACACGUCGCACUACCUUCGACAUCGGCCGUCCGCGAGACCACUUCGGCCAGGGCCAUGACGAUACCGCGCACAACCACCGCCAUCAUCAACGCCGGCGCUCACAGAGUAAGAAUCCGCUUUCAUUUCACGUCCCUCAUGAGCCUGAGUCGACUACGCUCGGUCCCAUUGUUGAAGAGCCAACAGUGCCGGAUCGUUCUUCUCACUCUACGUUCGAUGAUGGCCAGUUGCAACAAGACCAUCAUCAGCGUCGUCGAUCGAAUCCGCUGUCUUUCUUCAAGGCUCGGAAGCAUCGCUCAACAACCAUGGGCUCCAUUCCGGAAGAGACUUACGUCUUCCAGCAGGAUAGCGAUGCUCUAGGUAUGCCCACGCCUGGCUUCGAAGUUGAGGCUGGUAACGCUUCGAAGGGGUAUACCAAGCUAGCUUUGGCUUCGAAGCUGAAGAAGCUUGUCAAGCAGGACAAGACGCGUGAAGACGCUCCAAACCCAGAGGACCAGCGUAAAGAUGGCCGAGAAGCCGAGGAGGAGGACACUAAGAAGGAGAAGUCCGGUAUGGACAUGCUUGCUGCGACCAUGGGGUUUGGCAAUGGUCGGUUCUAG